GCGGUGGGCCGUGACGUCAGUAUAGGAAGUCAAUGUAGAGCAACACUAGAACGAUUACAAGCAAAGGGGGAGCGUGAUGUCCAGGAGUUAUCCCUUCGAAUCUCCACACCUCAACUUAGAGAGAAAGUUCAAUAGCCAUAACAAAAGGACGUGGACUACACUGACAGACCCACUGCUCAUUUACAAUCGAAUGUAACAACAUCUUCUUGGACCGUAUUUUUUUCUUACCAUUUUAUAGAAAUAUAAAACGUGGAUUUCGGCUUUGUUUAUUUUCCCGACCAUUUCAACUCAUAAAUUCGUUUGACUUUUAGGUGUACAUGUGCCUCGGUUUGUGUUCUAUUAUAAUUUUCAUCGGUUUUGAAUAAAAUGGAGCAUAUAACCGGUGUCCUAAUGUUGUUAUGAAGACUUAAAUCUCCAUCUCUUUUGCUUUUCUUACUAUGGAAUCCUCCAGCGGCUCUAACUUUGGAAUAGACACUAUUUUAUCCAACCCUACUAAUUCUGUUAACCCUGCGCUAAUGAACGGAGAUUUCCGCCUCGGUGACAGCAGGACAGCGGAUUUCAGUCGGAGCCAGGUCACCCCGUCCCCAUCAUGUUCGGACAUAGAUACGGUGGGAACGGCCCCCUCUUCCCCAAUCUCCGUCACCAUGGAGCACGCCGAGCCGCAUCUGCUCCAAGACAGCUUACCGCACCACCACCACCACCACCACCACCUGCAGCCAGGGAGUUUGCAGCUAUCGCCCCAGCCACAGCAGCUAGGGGCUGGAGCCGGUUGUGCCCCCAGGACUGCCACCUCUUCGUUUUUAAUCAAAGACAUUUUAGGCGACAGUAAACCUCUAGCAGCGUGCGCACCUUACAGCACCAGCGUACCGUCACCCCAUCACAUCCCCAAACCAGAGAGUGCCAGGGACAGUGGGGACGGCUUCAGGGCCAAGUUGGAACAAGAUGAAAACAGGAGCAAGUUGGACAAAAGAGAGGAUAUGGAAAUGAAAUGCAACGGAACAAAAGAAGAGAAUGAACGGGAAAUUUCAAGUAGCAGAGAUAGUCCUCAAUCACGGUCAAAAAAACCUCGCAAAGCACGGACGGCCUUUUCAGACCACCAACUCAACCAGUUAGAGCGAAGCUUCGAGCGCCAAAAAUACCUCAGCGUGCAGGAUCGCAUGGACCUCGCGGCAGCACUCAACCUGACCGACACACAAGUAAAAACCUGGUACCAAAACCGACGGACGAAGUGGAAAAGACAGACAGCGGUCGGAUUAGAGCUACUAGCUGAAGCCGGAAAUUAUUCCGCCUUACAAAGAAUGUUCCCGUCGCCCUAUUUCUACCACCCGAGCUUGUUGGGUACCAUGGACAGCACGACAGCAGCCGCCGCAGCCGCAGCAAUGUACAGUAGUAUGUACCGGACUCCGCAGCAACCACAUCCCGGUCUCCAGAGACCCCUUGUCCCGAGAGUACUCAUCCAUGGCCUUGGGCCGGGGGGCCAACCGGCAUUGAACCCGCUGGGUAACCCCAUGCCCGGCACGCAGCAUCAGCGGUAGAAACUAGAACAAGACGAUUCCUGUCAGAAAAACUGUUUUAACCACAUUUGAUGUGAGUAACUGCGUUGAACGAUGAACAAUACAUUUGAAGAUGACAAUAUAUGACAGACAAUUUUACAGAAGGAGAAGGAGGUAAUAUUUAAUGACUGAGAGACAGUUCUGACGUAACCACGAACUGUCUGCAGCAUCGAGUCGAGGCCAUGACAGAAAAAGGACUGUUCAUAUGUAUGAUUGUUUGUUUGUUUUUUGUACAAAUUCACUUAUACUAGCAAAUAAACUUAUAAAGUUUAUUAGAUGGAGAAAAGGGUUGAAUAAAGACGGAAUGAUACUAAAAUGAA